GCUCUCAUUCUCUGAAGGAAAGUGAAACGCCAUGUCUCUUCUCGCGUAUUUAGGAAUGCGUUCACCGCUCACGCGCAGAUUAAUUAGAACAGUUAGAUUCAAAACGCAGUUUUUAAAACGCGAGUUUGAGAAAAUGGGCGGCCAAACUUAAAAGGCGGAAGCUUUUUAGUUUCCCAACUGGAAAAAGGGAAAGAAAAAAAAGAAAAAAACUAAAAGAGUGGACUUCGUGUAGCUCUUCACGGAUCUCCCAAUUCUCAAGAUUUUAUUGUUUUCUUCUUGUUGGAUUGGAUAAAGUGGAUAGAUGGGGAAUUUGUUCGUGAAGAAACCAAAGAUUACGGAGGUUGAUCGAGCGAUUCUCUCUCUCAAAACCCAAAGGCGCAAGCUUGGUCAAUAUCAGCAACAGCUUGAGAAAGUGAUUGAAGCCGAAAAGCAAGCUGCAAGAGACUUAAUUCGUGAGAAGCGAAAAGACAGGGCUUUGUUAGCAUUGAAGAAGAAACGGACGCAAGAAGAGUUAUUGAAGCAAGUAGAUCAGUGGGUCAUCAAUGUCGAACAACAAUUGGCAGAUAUCGAACUUACAAGCAAGCAGAAAGCAGUCUUCGAGAGCUUAAAGCAAGGUAAUAGUGCAAUUAAGGCGAUUCAGAGCGAGGUCAAUCUUGAUGAUGUUCAAAAACUAAUGGAUGACACUGCCGAGGCCAAGGCUUAUCAGGAUGAGCUUAGUGCCAUAUUGGGGGAGAAACUAUCUGCAGAAGAUGAAGAAGAGAUCUUAGCAGAAUUCGACAACCUGGAAAACCAGCUCAUUGCUGAAGAUAUGCCUGACGUGCCUACACCUGAGCUCGUGCCUGAAGAACCCGAGAAACUGGAUCUCCCUGAUGUGCCAACAAAACAACCCGUUGCUCCCAAUGCAGAAAUCGCAUCAACAAAGAGAAAAGUUCUUGAAGAACCUUUGGAAGCUUGAUUCAGAAGAGAAGAAUCUGAUCCGACUAUAUAUCCCCAUAGAUAUUUAAUCAUUCUUUGGACACUUUUCCUUCUAGGCUCUUGAAGCUCCAUGUGUAUUCUUUUCUUACCCUGCAGCUUGUAAAGAACCAAGUCCGUUCUUGGAAUCUUCUCUGUGUGAAUGGUUUAGUUGUUCGUAAAAUCGAUUCAGAGUCUUUGACCUGAACGUCUGAAAGUAUGCUACAAAUGAAAUUGUUUCUAAAUUCGAUUCAGAGUUUUAUUGCA